AUGACUGCUAGAGAUCUAGGACUUACUUACCUCGAUUCACGUGAGAUUGCAAUCAAAUGUGGCGUUAUUAUGCAAACACACUAUGUGACUUUCACUAUGAAUGGAACAUUCGUGCUUGCCGCUAGACAUCCACGAAUCCAGGAGCGUUUGGCCAUUUGUAAGCAUCAUCAUCUUUUUUUCUCGCACAACCACAGCGUCCUGUUUCUACCAACUCUGGUUCACCCUGAUUUCCAGAACCUGCAUUGGAUUGAUCAUAACAUGAUUGGAUUGCAUUCCGAAGUGGCCUAG